AUGUCUAGAGCUAUCAUUGUUCUUUACUUGGAGCCGACGCCCACUGCCCCGGCGGUAGCCAUGGAGCAAUGGCGCGUCGACAUUCUCAAAAGUCUUCCUAGCGCCAACUGGGUCCGUAAGGUAGUGGCGAGCGACAAGAUCAACGACACUCAGCCAUACAAGGAACAAUUCAUCGUUGACUUGGAAAAUGAGAAGGAUGCCACCGAAAGCGUCAUCGAAGCCCUGAGGACCGAGGGUGGAAGCAUACUAGCGCAUUCUGACUGGCACAUUUAUCGGGAGAUCUCGAGAGAGUUGAGAAAAGGCGUGAAGACCACGGACUAUCCUCCCACAGGCACCGAAUUAGUUCAAGUAGGCAUGGCGCCUACACCGGCCUCGGUUCAAGACUACCACGACUGGUUCGACCAUGAGCACCUUCAGAUGCUCGCCGAUAUCCCCGGUUGGCGCUCCGGCUCUCGGUAUGAGUUGGCAGCAAGCUAUGGCGACGGCAAGGAGGAAGCGUGGCCAUUUAUGUCUGCGAACGAGUAUGAGGUGGAAAAUGGACUGGGUGGACCGAUCUGGAAAAAGUCCAUGGACACGCCGUGGACUGUCAAAGUGUUGUCAAAUCUCAGCAGACCAAAUCAUCGGAGGACUUGGAAGUAUGUUCCAUUGUAA